AUAGUUUUAUGCGCUGUUAAAAAAAAAAAAAAAAAAAAAAGAAAGAACGAAUCUCAUUCCGGUGUCAGCGAAGAAGAAUAACACACUUUGACCCAACUCACAAACGGAUGGUUUACGAAAGAAUAAAUUUAAAAGAAUAGGUUUGUUUCAUUUAACGUCCUCGGUUCAAGACUUGUCUGUAGAAAUGCGCCUGUCAGAAACGUGUCUGUCAGUUUUCUGACCUACAAGUCGUGUCUCGCGCCAGUCAGCACGUUAAUCUUCAGCGUCAUCAUGCGUCUUCAGUUGACAUCUUUCAGGCCGUGUUUUCUGCACAGUUCAGCGCCUCGGACUAGAUUUCAGUGUCUCUCCGCGAUCAGAAACAGGCGAGCCGAGCCCCGGUUGAACGCCGCCGGUGAACGAUGCUGCUCCACGGCUCCAGGUGAGGUGAGGGUCCGGUUUGCUCCCAGUCCCACAGGUUUUCUACACCUUGGAGGUCUUCGAAUGGCUCUCUAUAAUUAUAUCUUUGCAAAGAAGUAUGGAGGUGUUUUCAUCCUGCGACUGGAGGACACCGAUCAGAGCCGACUGGUCCCAGGAGCAGCAGAGUCCAUAGAGGACAUGCUGGAAUGGGCUGGUUUACCACCAGAUGAAAGUCCUCGUCGAGGGGGUCCUCUGGGUCCGUACCUGCAGUCUCAGAGAUUAGACCUCUACAGGCAAACAGCCCAGCAGCUUGUUGAGAGCGGUCACGCUUACUACUGUUUCUGCAGUCCUCAGAGACUGGACCUACUCAAAAAAGAGGCUCAAAGAGCUGGACAGACUCCAAAGUAUGACAACAGGUGUGGUCACCUGCGACCGGACCAGGUCCAGGAGAAGCUGGCUCAGGGAGCGUCGCAUGUGAUCAGGUUUCGUCUGGAAGCUGGCGUUGAGCCAUUUCAGGAUCUGGUCUUUGGAUGGAACCGCCAUGACGUGGCGCAGGUGGAGGGCGACCCGGUGGUGAUGAAAGCGGAUGGUUUUCCCACCUACCACCUUGCUAACAUCGUAGAUGAUCAUUACAUGAAGAUCAGCCACGUGCUGCGGGGGUGCGAGUGGCUCGUCUCUACAUCCAAACACCUCCUCAUGUACCGUGCCCUCGGAUGGCAGCCGCCCACCUUCGGACAUUUUCCGCUUCUGAUGAAUAAGGACGGCAGUAAACUUUCCAAGAGACAGGGGGACAUUUUCAUUCAGAACUUCCAGAGGGACGGGGUGCUGCCAGAGGCUCUGCUGGACAUCACAACCAACUGUGGGUCUGGAUUCAGCACCAACCGAAUGGGAAGGAGGAUCGAUGAACUGAUUUCUGAGUUUAAUCCUUCAAAUAUCACAACUCACUCUGCUUUGUUAGAGCUGGAGAAACUCGGAGAGUUCAACAGAAUCCACCUACAGCAGCAAAUUGAAGAUGAGCAGAGGUGUCGAUCACUGAUAAAAGAUCUGCAGGAACAAAUUCAACAGGUUUACUCUGCAGAGAUCCAAGAACAAGAUGUUCUGCAUGAGGAUUAUAUCAAACGGGUGCUUCAUCUCCGAAAGGGUCACAUUUCCUCCCUGAAGGAGCUUGUGAGUCCUACUUACUCCUAUCUGUGGAUGCGUCCUUCCUUCUCCAGCCAGCAGGUGGCAGCAGUCACCGAAGAGGCGCAACUAAUUGCUUCAUUAAUGCUGAAGUUAACAGAAGAGCAAAGUGACAGACUUUCAGUGGAACAAGUCAAUAAGGACCUGAAGAAUUUGGCUAAACGGGCCAAAGCCACGAAGUACAGUGAUGUGAUGAAGCUGCUACGCCUGGCUCUUAGUGGCCUACAGCAAGGCCCCAGUGUUGCUGAGAUGAUGGUCUCUUUGGGUCCUACGGAAAUCAGACAUCGACUACAGAAGCUUCUUCAGCUCUGACACUUUUUGAAGAUGUCCGUCAGAUCAGUUUAUAUAAACUCACUGACUGAAGCCAGAACUCAGCAGCUGUUGGACUUACACGCAUUACUUCAUAAAUAGAUAUUCUGCUUUAAUAGUCUCAUCUAAAAUUAACUAUGAGUUUGAAAAAUAUAUAUACAGUAAUAUCAAAACUUUUGUUAUAUAAAUAAGUUGAAAGCAAAAAUCGUGUUUGUUUUUUGUU